AUGAUGGGGCUGUCGACCCUACUUACAGCCUCUGUGCUGGCCCUCCAGCUGUUCUGCCUCCCAACCGACGCCAAGUGUCAGCCUAAGACGAGCGUUCAGCAGGAUGCCACCAACGCAGCUGCUUCCGACUGGUGGAUGUCCGGCGUGAAGCGCCAGGGCGCCGUUGCCUUCGGCGGCCAGGGCGACUACAAGGUGUUCCGCAGCGUCAAGGACUACGGCGCCAAAGGCGAUGGAAGCACCGACGAUACCGCCGCCAUCAACUCGGCCAUCACUGAUGGAAAUCGCUGCGGAAAGGGCUGCGACUCCAGCACUGUCACGCCUGCCAUCGUCUACUUCCCGCCCGGUACUUAUGUCGUCUCCAAGCCCAUUGUCGCCUACUACUACACUCAGCUCAUCGGCGACUUCAAUUCGGUCCCGACCCUCAAGGCUGCCGCCAACUUUGAAGGCAUCGCCGUCAUCGACUCCAAUCCCUACGACAACACCGGUAACAAUUGGUUCACCAACCAGAACAAUUUCUUCCGCCAGGUUCGCAACUUCAAGAUCGACCUCACCGGCCAGCCCAAGACCACGGGUACCGGCAUUCACUGGCAGGUGGCACAGGCCACGUCCCUGCAGAACAUCGAGUUCAACAUGAUCCAGGACCGCAGCGAGGACAACAAGCAGCAAGGCAUCUUCAUGGAGAACGGCUCUGGAGGCUUCAUGACCGACCUCACCUUCAACGGUGGUGCUCUUGGAGCCUUCUUCGGCAAUCAGCAGUUCACCACUCGCAACCUCAAGUUCAACAACUGCAACAAGGCCGUACAGUUGCAGUGGAACUGGGCGUGGACCUUCCACGGAAUCUCCAUCAAGGACUGCGGUGUCGGCAUCGACAUGUCCCAGAGCGACAACGGCGCGCAAAACGUGGGCUCUGUGCUCCUCCUGGACAGCACCAUCGCAAACACUCCUGUCGGCAUCAUCACCGUCUAUAACCCCGAGCAGCAGGGCACCAACGGCACCCUCAUUCUCGACAAUGUCGACAUGACGUCCAACGUCCCCGUUGCCGUCAAGAACGGAGGUACCGGUCAGACCAUCCUGAAUGGCAACUCGCUCGUCGCUUCGUGGGUCCAGGGUCGCUCGUACAAGGGAACUACCGGCACCGCGGGACAGGGCACUCGCACACCGGUCACCAAGCCUGCCGCUCUGACCGACGACAGCGGCAAGAUUGUCACCAAGAGCAAGCCCCAGUACGGCGAUGUGCCCGCUUCCAAGUUCAUCUCGGUCAAGGACAAGGGCGCCAAGGGUGAUGGCAAGACUGAUGACACUGCCGCGUUCCAGGCAGUCUUUGACAACAUCGGCGCGGAUGAGGUCGUCUACGUUCCCCACGGUGCCUACAUCAUCACCGACACCGUCAAGGUCCCCAAGAACGUUCGAGUGGUCGGCGAGAUUUGGGCGCUUAUCAUGGCUGGUGGCGACAAGGCAUUCAAGGACCAAGACAACCCCAAGCCUGUUUUCCAGGUCGGCCAGCCUGGCGAUGUUGGCACGGUUGAGAUGCAGGACCUCAUGUUCGAGACGCAAGGCCCCCAGCCCGGUGCCAUCCUCAUGGAGUUCAACGUGGCCGGUCAGUCAAAGGGCGCCGCCGGGCUCUGGGAUCUCCACUUCCGUGUGGGCGGUUCUGCCGGCACCCAGCUGCAGUCCGACAAAUGCAGCAAGACCCCCGACGUGCAGACUCCGGCCAAGCCCGAGUGCAUCGGCGCUUUCAUGCUGCUGCACAUCACAGCCUCUGCAAGCCCCUACCUCGAGAAUGUCUGGGCGUGGGUCUCCGACCACGAGCUCGAUCUGUCGGACCACAACCAGAUCAACAUCUUCAACGGCCGCGGCAUUCUGAUUGAGAGCACCAAGGGCGCAUGGCUUUGGGGAACGUCAUCUGAGCACAGCGUGCUGUCCAACUACCAGUUGAACAAGGCCCAGAACGUGUACAUGGCGCUGAUUCAGACGGAGACGGCCUAUUUCCAGGGCAACCCCGACGCCAACGUGCCGUUCAAGGUGAACGCCAAGUACUCGGACCCCGACUUCUCCAAGUGCACGUCCAAGAUUUGUGCCCGUACUUGGGGCUUGCGCAUCCAGGACUCCAAGGACAUUUUCGUCUACGGCGGAGGUCUUUACAGCUUCUACGACAACUACGACCAGACGUGUGUCCCGGCCAACAAUUGCCAGGAGAACAUGGUUGCGAUUGACAACUCGAGCGUGGAGCUGUUCGGCAUCACGACCAAGGCAAGCAUCGCCGUCAUCACGCUCAACGGCGGAGCCGCAGCCAAGGAUUCCGACAAUAGGAGUACCUUUGGCGCUUGCGUUGCUGUCUUUGAGGCGUCGUAG